GUUGGGAAAAGCAACCAAACCAAAAUACAAGAAAGAAGAAAAAAACAGAGAGCUUUUUGUUGUGGUUUGUUUCUUGAAAUUAAAUUUGUAAAGUUUGGAGCUUUUUGUUUUCCUUCCACUUCUUCUUCUUCUUCUUGUUCUUCAAUGGAAGGCCAGAACCAGGAUAGGGAAAUGAAGAAGGUGGAUGGGGCUUUGGUGGGGUUCUCUCCUGUCUCUUCCCCUCGGAUUUUUUGGAAAUCCCGAAAGAGAUCAGCUAGCGGGAGGAACUUAGACAAGCUAACAGAGGACAAUGCUAAUGAAACACCCAACAAACAGGAGGAACCUAUGACUGAAGAGAAUGCACAGGAGGACUCGACUGCGAUUUCUGAGCUCUCUGAGCGUCGAAAGGCUCUGUUUGAACCAUUGGAACCUGUAAUGAAUUUAAAUGGCAAACGACCAUCAGCGGAAUCCUUGCUCCCACCACCCGACUUUGACUCCACAAGCUAUCCCCGAGGCUGGCUCAUUGGUAAGAAGAGGAAGCUAGUCAAUGUGGAUGUUGUUGAGAGCAUGCGGAAGAUUGCCAUCCAGGAAAUGAACAGAAAGGACCGGGAGAUCGAUGGCCUGAAUCAGCAACUUGAAGAAGAUGGUCGGUGCCUAGAACACCUGCAGCUUCAGCUUCUGCAAGAACGAAGCAAACGUUCGGAGGUCGAGAGAGAAAAUGUAAUGCUACAAGACCAGAUAUCCAUGUUGAUGAACAUGUUACAAGACAACGAGUCGAUGGGGGAAGAAGACCCAGAUGCACCAUAGUUGGUCGUUUGCUUGGUUGUUUGUUUGUUUGAUUGUUUAUUCUUUUGUAGAUUGGUUGGAAAGAGUUGAAUGGAAUCAUACAAAAAUAGCUUUAUAUAUAAUAGCAUAGAUUGUUGGUACUGCUAGUACAUGGAUAUGAUAAAUUGUUUAUAAGAGUUCCAAUCUCAUAUAUAUUAUAUAUUGAGAGUGUUUUGUUU